AUGGCGAAGAUAAGAGUGUCUUACGAGUAUUCGGAGGCAGAGGACAAAAGCAUCCGACUCGGUCUAUUCCUCAUCGUCUGUGGCAUCGUGUCGCUCUUUAUACUCGGCUUCUGCUGGCUGAACCCCACGCUGCAGAACAUGCAGAGCAAGCCGGCCAACUGCACCGUGAUCUCCGUGCAGCGAGUGGAGGAGAUGUUCGAGUGCGUCUUCACGUGCGGGGCGGACUGCAAAGGCACAUCGUUGUACCCGUGUCUGCAGAUAUUUGUCAAUAACUCGGAGUCCAACUCCGUGGCGUUGCUACAUUACGACGAACAGCAGUUGGUGCUGAACCCCAAGUGCUCCUACGUUCCUCCCUGCGAGAGAGACAACCAGAAGAACAAAGAGAAUGUGCUGAGGUGGCAAGACUACUGGACCAAAGAGGUCAGCUCUCAGUCAUUCACCUGCUUCUUCAACCAGCAGCGAAGGCCUGACGAUGUGCUUUGGAAGCGGUCCCAUGACGAGACCGUGCUGCUGCACUGUGUGCUCUGGCCUCUGGUCAGCCUGCUGGUGGGCACCCUCAUUGUCCUGCUCACCAUCUGCGCCCGCAGCCUGGCUGUGCGUGCCGAGGCCAUCCAGAAGAGGAAGUUCUCUUAGGGACCAGCAGGGGGCACCAACAAAACCUCCCCCACACCAUGAGGUUCCCUCUUUAGGAGGGCCUGCCCACUGCAGUGACAGUUAAUGGUGGUCAGAUGUUCCCUCUACAAGCCAGAGGGUGCAGAAGGAAGUUGUCUCGGUGCUCCGAUUGGUGGCGGAGGAAUGAUGACUUCACAGCAGGGGUGAUCCUUUGCCUUGCUG